AUGGCUCCGAAAUCUGCAAAACAGGCGUCGCUGAGCUUCAAGAGCACCAAGCCCAGCAUCAAGCGGGAUUUCAAGGUCGUCAAGCAGCAGCAGCAGCAACACAAUGAUAUCAAGACCAAGGACGUCAAACCGCCAGUACAGAUAGAGUCGAUUGAAACCACCAUCUGUGACGAGCUGGUCAGGGAGGAGGCUGAAAAGAUCAAUUCUCUGCCGGAAUUGGAUCCCAGUGAAAAGGUGUACUCGGACGAGGCCCACAAGAUCGCCGAAAAGAGCAUUGCACCACCCGUGCAUCCCGAAGAGGUCAACAACUGCGAAAAGAUUCUCAAGAACUUUGACUUUACCGUCGACUUCGGGCCUGUUGUCGGUCUGACCCGGCUGGAACGGUGGGAGAGAGCCAACAAGCUGGGACUCAAUCCCCCAGCUGUGGUGAAGAAGAUUCUCGAGACCAAACAGGGAGAGACAGAGGAUGUCUACAAGCAGUCGUACCUCUAUGAUCAGCUUGUGUAA